GCUUUGCAGAACCGACUGCUUCAUGGCUUCUCCUAGCAAGGCCGUGAUUGUUCCCGGGAACGGAGGCGGGGAUGUGGCCACCCAUGGCUGGUAUGGCUGGGUGAAAAGGGAGCUGGAGCAGAUACCUGGUUUCCAGUGUUUGGCUAAAAACAUGCCCGACCCAAUUACGGCUCGAGAGAGCAUCUGGCUGCCCUUCAUGGAGACAGAGCUGCACUGUGACGAGAAGACCGUCAUCAUCGGCCACAGCUCUGGGGCCAUUGCGGCCAUGAGGUAUGCAGAAACACACCGAGUGUAUGCAACUGUGUUAGUGUCUGCAUACACAUCAGACUUGGGGGAUGAAAAUGAGCGUGCAAGUGGAUACUUCAACCGCCCCUGGCAGUGGGAGAAGAUCAAGGCCAACUGCCCUCACAUUGUGCAGUUUGCCUCCACUGACGACCCAUUCCUUCCCUGGAAGGAACAACAAGAAGUGGCCGAUAGGCUGCAAGCCAAACUGUACAAAUUCACCGACCGUGGUCACUUUCAGAACACAGAAUUUCAUGAACUGGUUACGGUGGUAAAAUCUUUCCUGAAAGUACCAGCAUAGACAGGAUGAUUCUGCUACUUUGCAUUCCAGUAUAAGGGUAGAGUAAUAAUGUCUACUGUCAGAUGAUUACUAAACAUAUAAACAUCCAGUUAAAUUCUAAAAGUGCCUGAAAAACAAACACAAGUUUCAGUGUAUAAUCUGUUACAAAUAGCAUUUCCAUUUUCCACAGAGUCUAAAACUCCCUCAAGACAGCAGUAUUUUCCCCAAAGGGGAAAAGGUAUGUAAGGACAUAUCAGCCACCCUUCUGUAUCAAAGUGAGUGAGAAACAACCCCAGUUUCCUGAUUCCUAUUCCAGUUAAAAACGAAGCUUUCAUGUAUGUUGCAGGCACUGCAUUCUUUUCCUCUUUGAAAUAAAGAGGUUUUAUUUUAUUGGGGAAAGAAAACAUGACUGAAAGUCCAGAGUAUUAGCAUCAAGCUCAAAAACUAGCUGCUGUUUCAAACAGGCUCAGGAGAGCAAACCCAGACUAGGGACUUUGCCUGGGACACCUGCCCUUCAGUCCUUUGGACAUGUUGGGAGAGACUGACAUGUAAGGAUGCUGCAUUGGGUCCGUCCAGGCCAGGCAGGAAGAAGCACAGCAUACAUAUGUAUGGAAUAUGAACAUAACUGGCCAGAUGUGCAUAAGACCAGCACGGCGGGGAUCGGGGAGAGCUAGUGCCCCGUCACAACUGCUGCUGUGUGGAAAUGGGGUAAGGUGUUGCCAAGUUUCUGGUUUUCUUGAGGGAAAAACCUUCACGUAUUAGUUUUUAAAUCUGGGGAAUGUAUAUAUAUGUAGCUACAAUCCAUGCAUACAUGAAUCCAGUCUACAUAUGGAUUGUUAGUUGGCAACAACAGUGUAAAUAAAAAAAUCGACAAAUACUGCAAGACAAAAUUCCAGCCAUCCACCUGUGAUCUUGGCCAUAUGCAUUAACUUAGCCAGGAGCUUUUAGAUGAUUGUCUAGAAAGCCAGAGAAAAGCCUCAGAUAACUAAAAAUGAACAUAAUGUUGAAGAUGGAAUUAUGGCAACUGUUUAGAUUUUGUGGCGAAGUUCUAGGUGUGUUUUAAAAGAAUUUUUCCACACCUCAUGCUUUGUAGAGUUUAGCCUUUCUAACAUUCACGGCCCCUGGGAUGCCUUUUGUGCACCAUUCCAUGGUUUUUCUUCUGAUCGUGCACCCUCAAAAACUUUUUCAUUUCUUGGCCAUUGUGAUCCCUAAAUAAUUUCCAGUAAAUUCACACUUGAUGUUAGAGCCUAAAUUUGCUGCAGAAAUGUGGUUUCCUGCACUGUUUAUGCCUAAAGAGGAUUCAGAGCCAUCAUUUAAAACAGAAAGUCUUUUGGUUUUUCAAUGUGCUUUGACAAAAAGUCAGGAAAGAUGCUGUCAACUCUGAACAGCAAUUAUCUUCAGGGAGUAGGAAUUUCGGUAGGUACAGUGUGGUGGAUUUUCCCAUUUUACUUGAUCCCCAGGGAGAUUAUUUGAAUUUGGUACACUGAACAUGUAUUACUUUUAUAAGUAACAUAAUUGAGAUUUAGAAUAACAUAUUUGACUAGUAAAAAGCAAAUUAGAUAAAUCAGUUGAAGAAUAAUGUUGUUCAAGAGGCUGUGAUUUGACCAAACCUAUAAUCAAGGUUUGAUUCCACCAGAAUUAUUAGGAAAUUAGACAUUGUAUUACUUUCUACCUUGUUUUAUGAAGUCCUUUCCUAAAAAGCUAUAAACGUAUACAAAUAACAGCAGUUCAUACAACUUUAUUGUCUUCUUCCUCUGUAGAAAUAAAAAAAUGUACAAUUGAGAAAGUCGAUUCUGAUACUCUUUAUUCCUAUAAAAGUAAUUAAGAUAGGCCCAUAUAAUUGUCGUGCUCUGCUGCCAAGUAAAGUAACCAGCCACGGAUAGCUAUAACAUUAAAAAUUCAGUUCUUCAGUCAAACUAGCCAUAUUUCAAGUGCUCAAGUCACUGGUGGCUAGUGAUUACCUUAUUGGGCAGCAGAUACAGAAUAUUUCUGUCAUUAUAGAAAGCCCUAUUGGACAGCACUGGUCUAGUGAUUACCUUGUUGGGCAGCAGACACAGAAUAUUUCCAUCAUGAUAGAAAGCUCUCUUGGACAGCACUGGUCUAGUGAUUACCUCAUUGGACAGCAGAUACAGAAUAUUUCUGUCAUUCUAGAAAGAUCUCUUGGACAGCAUUGCUCUAGUGCAUGUAUUUUAUAUUCUUUCCCUCACCUACCACCCAAGAAUGUAUCAUAGUUCAAAGUAAAGGUGACUCAAUUUGAAAUUUGACUAGUUUGCUUAGUUGAUUACCGUCAAAGUCAUGGGUCUAUAAGAUGUACUCACCACUAAACUGAGAUCUGGGGAGUUUCAUGGGAGAAUCUACAAAUUGUUCACAAAAAACCAGAAUCAUGGACUCUCAUGAUUUAUGUUUGAUUCUGUAUGGAUCAUCACUAAACACAGAAGGGCCUCAACAGACUCAGGGGAGUAUCCUCAGGUGAGCAAAAUACCUAAUACUAAAUGGAAAUCAACUGUAAGGAUGAGGAUUUUACUUAUAAUCUGAUAUUUUGGUGCUGUCAGGAGUCUAGAGUCCUACAAUUUGUUUUGGUCACAGUUUAUCCUUGUAGGAUAAAUAAUCCAUUUAACUAUUCAUCAGAGGUGCUGUAUUUUUAAAUUGUCGUCUUUUGUCUCCUUGUUAAUAUUCAGAAUUAAAAAUAUCCUAUGUGAAAAAAG